ACGUCACGAAGGUCUACUGUAAUGGAUGCCUAAAAAUUUCACGAUCAUUCAAUGUAGGAUUAUUAUCUAUUUCCGUUGAUCACAGGUUUUUUAAAGUGUUGAAAUUAUUUUCUAAAGCAUCGUCUAACAUUUUUCGAAGUUACAUGUUAUUACUGGACACUCCUAUAUUGUACAUUUGAGACGAGUUGCAGUGGUCCGUUGUGGAUGUUGUUUUUUUUAGGAAAUCUCGAUUCGUAUUUACGAUGGAUUUUACUGUUUGAUAGACUUCAAAGUGUAUAACGAGUCAUUGAAUGAAUAUACAAAAGAUGAAUGGGAAGAACAAACAGAAAUUGGCGAUUGUAACGUUUGCUGCUCAUAUCUACAAUGGAUACUGAAUACAAGCAACAAAUCUCAUAACAACAUGAUAACUGACUUUGAUAAAUAGUUUGACUAUGGCAGAAGGUGUUGACUCAUCAAUAGAUAUUUUAACUUGUCCAAUUUGUCUAGAAAGAUAUACAAAACCGAAGUAUCUGCCAUGCCUACAUACUUUCUGUGAAGGUUGUAUUUUAACGUUCAUCGUCUCAGUAUUUAAGAAAUCAGAAGGGAAGGUCAAUAUUGAUUGUCCAGUCUGCCGAACAACAGUAACAUUGCCAAAGGAAGGAUGCACACCACGAGAAUGGGUUGAUCAGUUUCCGGGAAAUUUUCUCAUAGUUGGUUUAUUAGACAAAGAAAAACCACAAAAGCUAUGCAUGUCAUGUGAGAGACUUGAUAUUGUAUCACAGGCUAUUUUCAUCUGCAACGACUGCUCGGAUACUCUGUGCGGUAUAUGUCAGAAAUAUCAUAGUUCAAACAAAUCAACUUCUAAUCAUCAAAUCAAAAAAAUAUUCACGCUACCGGAAAAAGAAAAAGUACAUAAAACAUGCCAAAAUAUAUGUUCUGACCAUUCUAAGAAACUUAAGUUAUUUUGUAACGAUCAUAAUGUACCGUGUUGUACACUUUGUGUAUCUUUAAGUCAUAGAAAGUGUGACAAUGUUGUCACUUUCGAAGAAGCAGUGAAAACUUUUAGUACUGAUUUUAAACUGGAUAAAAUCAAAACUUAUAUUAGAGAUGUUUCGAAUGAUUGUGACAAUCUUAUAUCUCACUAUGUAGAAUGUUUACAAAGCAACGACAGACAAUAUGACAAAGAACAUAAGGAGAUUGAAGAAACGUGUGAUUACAUUAUUUCACAAGUGAAAGCAACUGAAAAAUUAAAGAAAGAUGAACUUACAAAAAUGCAUGAUGAAAAACAGCAUAUUCUAAAACAUAGGUUAGAAACAUGUCAAAUUUUAACAACUGUUGUGUCAGACAAACUAACUGAAAUAAACCAUGAAAAGGGAUCUGAAAUUCAGAGACUGAUUAUGGCGUAUGCUAUAGAAGAUGAGAUAAAGCAGCAUAAAGACAUCUUAAAAACUUACAGAGAGGAUGAACAUAAACUUUUGAUCCAUGUUGAAAAGGUAUUGCCAAAAGAUAUUGAUAUGUUGAUGAACAGUCUAUGUACAGUAUCUUGGGGUAGUAAUGUGGAAUCGCCUACACUAUUAACACCUAAGAGCAGUCCUGGUUUCAAUCUUGAGCGUGAUAUUUCUUUCAGUAAAUCCAUUAACGAUUCUGGAAUCGGUGGUUUCAAUUUUGUACUACCUACUACAGCUAAAAAAUCUUCUGGCUUUUCCUCACAAUUAGGAGCAACAGUAUCAUCAGCUGCAGACGUACAAAUUGGUCAAACACCAACAACACCUGAUAAAAGAACUCUUGACACAGGAAGAAGAUUCACGAUUGGUGGACAAAUUUCAACUUCUGCAAUAAAAAUAACCUCAGACGGAACAGGUACAACAAAACCUCCUUUCAGUGGAGGAUUUCGAUUGGAAAAUUUGCCGGAGGCUGUAAAAUAUAAACCAACACCAGGAGCAGUAAGUUUUGGACAGACUGUUUCUCCCAUUUCUGACAUGAAAAUUGAAACACCAGAGUAUAUAAAGAAAGUAUCUGAUUCUGAAGUAAACUCUGGAUUUAAAUUUUGCACACCAGAUUCUACAAGGUUAAAAUCUGAUUCUGAUGCAGACUCUGGAUUUUAUUUUCUCCCAUUAGAUUCUUUUAAAUACAAAUCUGAUUCUGAAGCAGAUUCUCGAUUCAAAUUUUACAUAUCAGAGUAUACAAAGAAAAAAUCUGAUUCUGAAGCAAACUCUGGAUUCAAAUUUCCCACACCAGAUUCUACAAAGUACAAAUCUGAUUCUGGAGCAAACUCUGGAUUCAAAUUUUACACAUCAGAGUAUAUGAAGACAAAAUCUGAUUCUGAUGCAAACUCUGGGUUUACAUUUCCCACACCAGAUUCUACAAAGAACAAAUCUGAUUCCAAAGCAGACUCUGGAUUCACAUUUUCCACACCAGGUUCUACAAAGAACAAAUCUGAUUCCAAAGCAAACUCUGGGUUCACAUUUCCCACACUAGAUUCUACAAAGAACAAAUCUGAUUCCAAAGCAAACUCUGGGUUCACAUUUCCCACACAAGAUUCUAUAAAGUACAAAUCUGAUUCUGGAGCAAACUCUGGAUUUAAGUUUUACACACCAGAGUCUACAAAGAACAAAUCUGAUUCCAGAGCAGACUCUGGAUUCACAUUUACCACACCGGAUUCUACAAAAGACAAAUCUGAUUCCAAAGCAGACUCUGGAUUCAGAUUUCCCACACCGGAUUCUACAAAAGACAAAUCUUUGUAUGAAACAGCCUCUGGAUUCAGAUUUUCCACACCAGCUUCAAUCAUGGACAAUCAGAAAUUAAAACCAUCUUUAUGUGGUCAAACUUCUACACCAGGUGUUGAGAAAAAUAAACAAGAUACUAGGGCAAAAGGUUUCAACUAUAUAUUAAAACCACCCACUUUACCAGAUAACAGCAGGAGGGGACUAAACUUCACAUUAUCGUCAUCUGAAGAUGACAGCACAGGUCCAAAAUAUCUAUCAACAGAGCCUGGUGGUGGCGAAGAUACAAAGACAUCAAAUUUCAACACAUGUGCAUUUGGACAGAACCGAUCCUCAGAUUUACCCAAACUUGAAUAUGAUUUUCGCAAACUUGGACCAACAUUGACAGGCAAUAGUUCAUCAGAAAUGAGGGAAGAAGUGUUUAAUUUAGUGGCUACAGGAUUCUCUUUCUCGUCAAUAGCCAAUAAAUUUUUGGAAACCUUGGGAGGGAUAUUUGGUGAAGGACGGAUUUUCUCUUUUUCUGAACUGGCAAAGGAAGCUGAUAGUUCUACCUCGACAGGUUUUAAAGUUCAAGAUCACAAUGAACAAUUUAGAUGGAAAGGAGCAGGACAACAGCUAUUUUCUACUGAUCCAGGUGAUGGUUAUAACGAGGAUACAGAUGAGAGUGGUGCAAUAUAUGAUUAUCAUUAUAAACCAAUUAUAGCACUUCCUGACCUUGUUGAUGUAAAAACAGGCGAAGAAGAUUAUGAAACGAUGUUCUGUCAAAGAGCUAGACUGUACAGAUUUCACAAAGAGACCAACCAGUGGAAGGAAAAGGGACUUGGCGCAAUGAAAAUAUUGAGACAUCACGUAAACAGUCGAUACAGAUUAAUACUAAGAAGACAAAUAGUUUUAAAGUUAGCAUGUAACCAGUGGUUGACCACAGAAAUGUCAUUUAAAGUUUUACCAACAUCAGAAACAUCAUGGUUUUGGGUUGGACAAGAUUUUAGUGAUAGUCCACCUGUCAUUGAACUGUUGGCAAUUAAAUUUCAGACGAUCGAGCUGGCGCAACAGUUUAAGCAAAAGAUUGAUAGUUGUCAAAGCGAUAUGAGAGGACAGAGUUCAGCAUCCAAUGGAAAGGAUGUAGCUAUAUUACCCACAACUGUGAUAUCACAGAUAAAAGAGUCUAAACCUGGAGUAAUAAACUUAGAUGAACCAAGAACUGUGGUAACACAGCGGAAAAAGUCAAGACAUGUGAUAACUCUGCCAAAAGAUUCAAGAACUUUUGAAACACGAUCAGAGGAGUCACAUACUAUGGUUCCACAGCCAGCGGAGUCACAUUCUGUGGUUUUGCAACCAGAGGAGUUACAUAUAGUGGUUUCACAGCCAGAGGAGUCAAAGGUGGAUAUAACUAAAAAAGACGUUAGUGUAGAAGAGGAGGGAGAUGAAGAUGAAAAUUCAACAGAUGAAGAUGAAACACUAGUUACACUUUUUGACAAAAGAAUAAAAUUCUUCAGUAAAGAAGUUGGUUGGAAGGCACUAGGACUAGGUACAAUGAAGGUCUUUUUAGACGGAAAUGGUUAUCUGGUUAAAGUAGAAUUAGACAACAACAAUUCUGUUUGUCAUCAUUUAGUAGCCAAGGAACAGAAUGUAUAUCUAAAUAAUAAAGAUUGUUUAUGGUCUCCAAUAGAUUACUCUACAUUUGUACCUGUCAGAAGACACUUUAAAGCAAAGUUUAGAUCUAAACAUGCUGCUAACAAAUUCCAGAAAUUAUUUGAGGAGGGACAGUAUUUUGCGGAGGAAUACAACAUUUCAGAAAGGGAUAUGGUACCUAGUCAAACUUAGAAAACAUAGAUGCUAGGUUAAUUAUGUAUAAAUGAAACUACCCACAUUAUUGAAACUAAAUUAGAAAUUAUUGAAACAAAAUUAGAAAUGAAUAUUUUUUUUCUAAUUAAUGUAAUUGAUAAUUCUGAUGAGAACACUGGUAUACUACUUUUGCUUUUGUAUGAAUAUCAAUGUGAUGAUAAUUCUUCUCAGAACAACAUGAUAUAUUGAUGUAAUGA